ACUGGGAAGAUGGCCGUCUUUCCGUGGCAUUCCAGGAACAGGAACUACAAAGCUGAAUUUGCAUCAUGCCGACUGGAGACUGUGCCGUUGGAGUUUGGGGACUAUCACCCACUGAAACCCAUAACUGUCACAGAAUCAAAGACAAAGAAGGUGAGCCGGAAAGGAAGCACUUCUUCCACAUCCUCCUCCUCCUCCAGCUCCAUGGUGGACCCUCUGAGCAGCGUCCUGGAUGGGACUGACCCGCUCUCCAUGUUUGCAGCCACAGCCGAUCCUGCAGCCACUGCGGCUGCCAUGGACAGCUCCAGAAAGAAACGUGAUAGAGAUGAUAACUCCAUCGUAGGAUCGGAUUUUGAGCCUUGGUCCAACAAACGGGGGGAAAUCCUUGCCCGGUACACAACCACAGAAAAGCUCUCUAUCAAUCUGUUUGUGGGAUCUGAAAAAGGCAAAGCCGGGAGCACCACAUCUGCCAUGUCGGAGAAGGUUCGGACCAGGCUGGAGGAGCUGGAUGACUUUGAGGAGGGAUCCCAAAAGGAGCUGUUGAAUUUGACACAACAGGAUUAUGUGAACCGCAUAGAGGAGCUCAACCAGUCACUGAAGGAUGCCUGGGCCUCGGACCAGAAAGUGAAGGCUCUAAAAAUAGUCAUCCAGUGUUCAAAGCUUCUUUCAGACACAAGCGUCAUUCAGUUCUACCCAAGCAAAUUUGUCCUCAUCACUGACAUACUUGACACCUUCGGAAAGUUAGUGUAUGAGCGCAUCUUCUCCAUGUGUGUGGACAACCGCAGUGUCUUACCAGAUCACUUUUCUCCAGAGAAUGUAAAUGACACGGCCAAAGAAACAUGCUUAAAUUGGUUUUUCAAGAUUGCUUCCAUCAGGGAACUCAUUCCCAGAUUUUACGUAGAAGCAUCCAUCCUGAAAUGUAACAAGUUCCUUUCUAAAACCGGGAUUUCAGAGUGUCUGCCACGGCUGACGUGCAUGCUCCGGGGCAUCGGUGACCCACUGGUGUCCGUCUACGCCAGAGCCUACCUCUGCCGGGUGGGAAUGGAAGUGGCUCCACAUCUCAAAGAAAGCCUAAAUAAAAACUUUUUUGACUUUCUCCUUACAUUUAAGCAGAUUCAUGGGGACACAGUCCAGAACCAGCUGGUGGUGCAGGGCGUGGAGCUCCCAUCCUACCUCCCCUUGUACUCGCCUGCCAUGGAUUGGAUUUUCCAGUGCAUAUCCUACCAUGCCCCUGAGGCUCUGCUAACCGAGAUGAUGGAGCGGUGUAAGAAACUAGGAAACAAUGCCUUGCUGUUGAAUUCCGUAAUGUCAGCAUUCCGGGCCGAGUUCAUUGCCACCAGGUCUAUGGAUUUUAUUGGCAUGAUUAAAGAGUGCGAUGAGUCUGGCUUCCCCAAGCAUCUCCUUUUUCGCUCAUUGGGGUUAAACUUGGCCUUGGCUGAUCCUCCUGAGAGUGAUCGACUUCAGAUCCUGAAUGAAGCUUGGAAAGUUAUCACCAAGUUGAAGAAUCCACAGGACUACAUUAAUUGUGCUGAAGUGUGGGUAGAGUACACCUGCAAGCAUUUCACGAAACGAGAGGUGAACACCGUUUUGGCUGAUGUCAUCAAGCACAUGACCCCAGAUCGUGCAUUUGAAGAUUCCUACCCUCAGCUUCAGUCAAUAAUUAAGAAAGUUAUCACCCACUUCCAUGACUUCUCAGUUCUUUUCUCGGUGGAAAAAUUUCUGCCAUUUCUGGACAUGUUCCAAAAAGAGAGUGUGCGGGUGGAGGUUUGCAAAUGCAUCAUGGAAACCUUCAUCAAGCAUCAGCAAGAGCCCACCAAGGACCCCGUCAUUCUGAAUGCCCUGUUGCACAUUUGUAAGACCAUGCAUGACUCUGUGAAUGCACUCACUCUUGAGGAUGAGAAAAGAAUGCUGGCGUAUUUGAUUAAUGGAUUUAUAAAAAUGGUUUCCUUUGGCCGUGAUUUUGAACAACAGCUAAGUUUUUAUGUUGAGUCCAGGUCAAUGUUUUGCAAUCUGGAACCUGUUCUUGUGCAGUUGAUUCACAGUGUGAACCGGUUGGCAAUGGAAACAAGAAAAGUAAUGAAAGGAAAUCAUUCCAGAAAGACAGCUGCAUUUGUCCGGGCCUGCGUUGCCUACUGCUUCAUCACCAUCCCCUCCCUGGUGGGAAUCUUCACACGGCUCAAUCUCUACCUGCAUUCCGGCCAGGUAGCCUUGGCCAACCAGUGCCUUUCCCAAGCGGAUGCUUUUUUCAAAGCCGCUAUAAGCCUUGUUCCUGAAGUUCCAAAAAUGAUUAAUAUUGAUGGAAAGAUGCGGCCUUCGGAAACAUUUCUUCAGGAAUUCCUCUGCAAUUUCUUUUCUACUUUAUUGAUAGUACCGGAUCAUCCCGAACAUGGGGUCCUGUUUCUUGUUCGAGAGCUUCUCAACGUGAUCCAGGACUACACCUGGGAGGACAACAGCGACGAUAAAAUCCGCAUCUACACCUGUGUCUUGCAUCUCCUGUCAGCCAUGAGCCAGGAGACCUACCUCUACCACAUAGACAAAGUCGACUCCAACGACAGCCUCUAUGGGGGAGACACCAAGUUCCUGGCUGAAAACAACAAGCUCUGCGAGACAGUGAUGGCUCAGAUCCUGGAGCACCUGAAGACACUGGCGAAGGAUGAGGCCCUGAAGCGCCAGAGCUCGUUGGGUCUUUCCUUCUUUAACAGCAUCUUGGCCCACGGGGACCUGCGCAACAACAAGCUUAACCAGCUCUCCGUCAGCCUGUGGCACCUGGCACAGAGGCAUGGCUGUGCGGACACCAGGGUCAUGGUGAAAACUCUGGAAUACAUCAAGAAGCGAAGCAAGCAGCCAGACAUGAGUCAUCUGAUGGAGCUGGCCCUCAGGCUCCCGCUGCAGACAAGGACCUGACUCCUGGGCCCUUCCCGGGGCCUGGCUGGGGACCCUGAUGCCAGAUCCAGGAAGACUAGCUUUGUCCUGGACUCCUCCUGGAAUUGAGUUUUUUUUUGUUUUUAUUUUUACAUGUAUUCCAAGUGGUUUAUGCUUUAGCUUCUGCCCAGAUUAUUCUGACAGUGAAGGGGGAUGAGGGUUGUCAGAGCAUUAUUUCCUGAGAAGCUGUCUUGGUUGCUAUGUCCAGGUGGCCUUCAGGUUCUCAAUAAGCCCUAGAGAAGAAUCAAAUGGGCAAGAGAGAAACAAAGGAAUGCAAGUAAUGUCUUUUCUGUAAGUUUUUUUCCCCUCCAUAUUUUGGAAAAAGCACCUUGAAAAGCAGUCCAGUUUUAAAGAGCCACUAUUCCCUCUUCCUAAUUUGAAGGCCUAAAUUCUUAUAAAAGGUGAUUUACUCCUUUUUCUAUCACAAGCAGCUCUUCACUGGACUUAAGAAUACGUUGGUGGAUCGAGUUGAAAGCAAGGUGGCAUUUGAGAUUCACUGUGGCCUCCAGGGAAAGUCUACUGUAGCAGAAUAAAUGUCCCAAAGGAGUCUUUUAUGCUCAUGACUGUUCAUUUAAUUAUUUCUGACUCUCUUCAUCCAGAAGAAAGAGAACAUGUCUAAACAUAGCAGACCAGUUUGCUUUUCAGCCAUAAAUUCUAAACAUCAUGUGACUUUGUCUACUUUUCUAUUGUCAGUUUGGUAAAAUCAGAACCUUGUAUUACUGUUAGCAAGCUUCCACUAACAUUUUAUUUAUUUAUUUUUCCUCCUUAAAAAAAAAAAACCAAUAACCUUUUUUUUGCAAGCUCAACCCAUUUAAGCAAAAGUUCCCCUCCACCCCCAAGUUUUUGAGUAAGAGCAUUAAUAUUGGUGAUCCACGGCCUAUCACCCAUUCCCCAUGCAGAUGCCUCCAAGCUGUGGAUUAAAAUCUCCCAAACUUUUGGAAGAUAUGCACUGGACAGAGAGAUUGCAUCAUUUUAUCGCUUGUGUGCAAAUCACAGGAUCACAAUGAACAUAGUUAACCUCAGAAAAAAGCUAAAAAUAAUUUUUAAAAUAAAUUUAAAUAAACCCAUCUUUUUACUCAGUAGUUUAGGGCCAAGAAUAAAUGGCUUUUCUGGACCACUUGAUCAGGUUUUUCUUCUCUUGGAAUGUUCUGGUCUUGACAUGCUGCCUGCAGAUGCUACAGCUGCACUUCCAGCGGCGUCAUGAUGCCAACACUGAGGAUGAUGGAGCAGGGAGGGAGGGAAUGUUUCCUUGGCGAGCUGCUCAGUCAGUGCCCUGCCUAAGGACUUCUGUCCCGUGAGACUGAAUUUCCUGACUGCUUAGCCCAAAGCGGAGAUGUCUGUAGGGGUGUUCACACCAGCUGAUGCAAAACUGACCCAAGAACCUGUGUUUGGGGACACAGAAUGGAUGCUAGGUGGACAGAAAGAAGGUGGUCAUGUGUCAUUUGGGUCAUUAUACUUGGAACUCUGCAAGGCCUGUGGCAGAGUCCACUCUUGGGAGCGAUGGGACUUGUCCCCACAGCUAAUGAGGCAACUUCCUGUGUCAUCGCCCAGCACCUGUGACUUCUUACCUUCCUCCACCACAGAAGUCAUCUGUGCUUCAUGGUGAUCACAAAGGACCAAAUAAAACAUGCACCUGGGAA